CGAAUUAAAAUCAAUUGAUAUACAGGUAGUGUGACUUUCAUAGUGAACGAUUUUGAUCCGAUUUUACCGCUUUAUGUUAAUAUCUAUGGUAAUUAUGUAAACACAGGGUUAGAGACAAUAGAUUAAUUGUUGUGUUGAUGUGUUUACUUUUUUGAUUAGUGACAUGACAGGCCAAAAAUUUAGUUUAAUCGACAUCGGUCGAAUUAAAAGUUUUAGAACUUGGUGACUCAUUUGCCGCUAUUCAGGUCAAGCUGAAAGCCGAAGGAAAAUAUAUUUCGAAAGGCCAUUUAUCCAAUAUAAAAAUGACCGAUCAUCUUCAGCUCUAAAGCCACACAACAAAAACGCCGUGGGUCCGCGUGGAACAUUAACAAAUAGACAAUUAGCCGCUCUCAGGAAGAAGGUGACCUCGCCCAACCCGCCCACCCUGGUCACUCUCGCAAAACACUUUGACACAUCUAUCAAUGUCAUAAGAUAUGCUAUACAUGAAAAACUCAAACUCAAAAAGGUCAAGAAGCCCAAACACCAUCAUUUAAACUCGACGAAUGUCGAAAAAAGGUUUCGCCGCUCGUGGCCUUUGUACCGUAAGCUAAAGUGUGAUCAGUGGCAAAAUUCAUCACUAGCGACGAGGCUUGGUUUUAUAUUGAUGAUACCGGCAAGAGCCGGACCAUCCAAUGGCUCACUUCGAACCAGCGGCGGACAGAAGCCGAGCCGAUCACCACUCAGCGGCACAAGAAGGGAGUAAUGGUUUGGAUCGGUAUGUCGGCUCGUGGCCUUACUCAGCCGAUUUUUGUUGAGCCGGGAGCUAAAAUUAAUGCUCAGUAUUACAUCUCCGCCAUUUUGACUCCAUUUAUUGAUGACCUUGCACCUCAACUUUACCCUGAGGGGGGAUAUAUCUUCCACCAGGACUCCGCCCCUUCUCACUCCGCUAAAGUGACCUUAGACUUUUUAAAGUCAAAAAAUAUAAAAUUUAUCCACCCCCUAGAACACACACCUACUAGUCACGCAGCUCCAUGUGAUUUUUUCUUGUGGGGAUACUUGAAAAGUCAAUUAGCUCACAGGAAGGUGGAGACAAUCGAAGGUUUAAAAAAUAUAAUUCGAGAUGAGGUCAGAAAAGUGCCGAUAACAAUGAUUCAAGAUGCUUUAAGAUCUUGGCCUCGGCGUCUUCGUGAAAUAUACUAUGCUAAGGGUUAUCAUAUUGAAAAUUAAUUUGAUCAUGUAAAUGACCUUAAAGUUAUUAACAAUCAAAAUCGUUCACUAUGAAAGUCACACUACCUGUACUAUCAGGA